AGCAAACCCGAGAUGGACUCCGCUGCAGACUGACACUUUGUUUCUUCAUUGUUGUGUCUGAAGAUGCGGAUCUAACGACGGCAGGCUUCGGCACGCUGGAGCUGAAAAGAUGGAGGCCAUGGAAGACGACAGUGUGGAACUAAAAGACGAUCACAAUCACAACUACUGUGCGAGCAGCAGCAGCAGUAAAGUCCGCUCGUAUCUUAGCAGCCAGCUGUCGGCUCCGCAGCCCGUGUGUGCGGCGCUGCCGGGAGGAGAACCGGGGACCCGACGGGGGAAGCAGCGGUCCGGCAGCAGCAGCACCGCAGCGGGGUCAAAGUUCAUGGACUCGGAUUCAGGCAGUGAGAGCAGCGAAGUCAGUGAGACAGACAGCUCGGCUGCACCGGCCGCUGUCGAAGGGAAAUUCACCCUCGACUCGACUUCCAAGUUCCUUUUAAAUGCAAUGGCCGUAGAAGACUACCGGAAAAACCACUGGCCAAACCUGGAGAAGGCGAUCGACCGUCUGCUGAUUCAGAACCCCACAGACCACAUCUCUGUGUCGUAUGCACAGAUAUAUAGUUACGUCUACAAGUGUGUUUGUCAGCAGCACUCUGAGCUGCUCUACAAUGAUUUGACAUCCAAAAUAACAAGUCAUCUACAACAAGUGUCCACCCAUCUACAAGCCAGCUCACCUGAGAACUUCAUUGAGACCUUCAACAUUGCACUGACUCAAUACACAGCUUCUCUUCAGUGUAUAGUACCUGUAUUUAUGUACUUGAACAAGUUCUACAUCGAGUCCAAGCUGAAUAGAGACCUAAGAGAGGAUCUGAUGAAGCUGUUUGCUGAUCACGUUGCAGAAAAACACGUCAACACACUGAUGCCUCUUCUCAUUAAAGCCCAUUCCAUGCCGUUUGAAGUGCAGCCAUCAACAAUGGCCAGUGUGGUUAAAGGCCUCUACAGUCUACGACCAGAGUGGGCCCUGUUAGCUCCAGCGCUCUUCUCCGGGUUUAUUCCACAAAUCAAUCCUCCCGCUGUGGAGUCUCUGCUGUCCGACUACGCCGCUCACGACCAGAAGCUGCAGAUGGAGCUCUCUAUGAACGGAUUUCCACGAGGCGACCAGUCUCGCAAGCGGGCCAGCGAUGACUCAUGAUAGGAGGGGCUCGGCGUCAGAACUAUUACUGUGCCUCCAACUUCUUAAUCACACGUUGGCUCACUGCACUAGGUACAAUGUUAACAAUGUGUCAGUCUCAUCUCUCUCGACUUAAGGUCACUUAACACUGUGAAGAGCAAAGAUGACAUGACGUUGGGAAGAAUCUACCGCACUAAACGCUGGUAUUCAUGGGACGUUGCCGUGCGCGCCGAGAUUCACGUUUUCCCUUAUUUUUCAGAGUGCCUUUAUGGUUCUGACUGAGUAUCCUAUCAAGAGAGAAAGGCUGAUCAUGGGUAUUUCAUUCCUAACCUUUAACAUGGACGUGUCUUGUGUCGUUUUGAUAACCCUGGGCUAAUUAAGACUUUCUAUUGCUGCUAAUAACACAGUCCACGUGUUAAUACUACAAAUCCCCUCAUUUCACCUACUGUGUCUGUAACUCCCGAGGCUUCACUCAACACAAAUGAGUGUGGGAACAAUGGGAACUUGAGUCAUUUGACCUCAACUAUGAUUCUUUUCUUCAUGUUGCCUUUACUGUGUUGGUAAACCGGAUUGUAUUUUCCAGUUAUACCAAAGAGGACUUGCUGUGUUUUUUGUUUUUUCUCUUCAUUUACAACACAUUGAAUUCAAAGUUGACAUUGUUAAUGUUGUAUGCUGUCUGAGUCACUGAGCCAAUUUUUCUACUAACAAGUUUUAAGCUUUGGUUGACCCGUUUCUUUUUCAGAUUCGAGUAAAAUCAUCAUCAUUAAGAACAUUAUUUCUGUUUGUUUUAGCCUCGAGGGUAGGAAAGACGGGGAUUGCCACGUAAGACAUUACACCGAGUGCCAGAAAGCUCAGACAAACACCUAAAAGUAUUUGAGGAUUUCCUAAUUACACUUCAGUUUAUGUGACAGCUUUCCUGCUUCGUCCCUUAACUGUACAUAUAUUGAACCCGAGGCUUCAAAAACUUCACCAAACACAUUAUAUGCAAAUGUUCGGCCCAGGCCUGAUGCACUUGUACAUUAAACGUUUCUAACAUGUAUAGCCUGUUCAUGAUGUAAAUAGUUUUUGUCUUUUGUGGCGUGGUCAGUGUACACUAGCUUUUAUCACAGAUGCAUUUUUUGUUUUAACGAUUCACUCGAACAGAAGGAUUUGAUACAAGCUGUUACACUGUUUUAAGUGUGAUUUUAGACACUCAGGCUUGCUUUUCAUUUCCGUCUGUGGGUCUAGAAAAUGGUUCUCAUUGUCUAUCGAAUACAGUCAUUUUAUUAAUCACAGGGCACAGGGACAAAUUUGUUUUUCCACUCUUUGAGGUUUUACUGAUGGGUGAAAGCUAUAAAAUUGAAGCCGAAUAAAAUCAGAAUCACUGCAGAUGCCAAACACUGGAUGUAUUAUGUUAUUUUGUGUUUUUUCUUUAACGUGUUGCAAAAAAUAUCCAUGUUAAAACAACUGUGAAUAAAUUCCACUUGG